AUGCCGGGCGACCUGCGGCUGUCGCCGUCGCUGACGCCGUCCAAGGUGUACCACGACCCCGACCGAUCCAGCGCGCGGAAGAAGGCUCCACCCGGAACGCACGCUCGCCGGCAGCUCGAUUUAGGGGAGGAUGCCAAAAACAACAACGACGCUCGGAGAGUGCGCGUCCCGGGCCCGCCCCGCGGCAGGGUAUUCGACCAGGGCCCCGAGAGACCCGGGAGCGACGAUCCGCCGUGGGCCAGGCGGCUUCGUCUCAAGCUCCGGGACGUUCGCGCCAUGGCGGACGAGGACAUCGACGACGACGACGACGACGACGACGACGACGAGCCGAUCUCCGCGGCGAUGGGCGCGGAGGGAGACGGCCCGACGUCGCGACGCGCUCCCACGAUGAGGCUCCGGGGCAACCUCGAAGACAUCCUGGCGCUGUACGAGCCGGGCAACGAGAAACCCGAGGGGUUCGAGGUCUCCAUCACGUCCCCGAGGUCGGCGGUGGCGUGCCUCAAAGCCAAAUGCGACCCAAACUCUUUGGUCCCUCGGCCGGAACCCGUCUUCGCGCCGCAAAACCAAAAGAACGUCUGCGCCAGGCGCAGGAAGGAGCAGCGCGCGAGGUUAACCGCCCUGCUCGCGCGACGCGACGCCAUGGACGACCCGAGGGAGGUGGCGCGGAUGGCGAGAGAGCUCUCGGGCGCCGCCCAGGCCGAGGCUAAAUUUAAGGAAAAGGAAAAUGAGAGACAAAGGCGACGGGACGACGUCGACGAGCGGGUGCUCGCGGCGUUGGCGAAAGCGGAGCUCGAGGCGGCGACUUUGAUGGACGACCUGAACGACAUCGCGUCCGCGGCGGACCAUGAGGAGCUGGCGAGGUUCGGGGAGGCGGCGAGGGAGCGAGAGCGGAUCGCGGCGAAAGACGCGGCUCGAUCGAGGAACCUACACGGAAGGUCACCGGUUCGAACCCCGAGCUCGCCGCCGAGCCGUACAUUCGUCGCCGCCUCCCCGGCGACGCCCAGACGGACGACGCCCGGCCGAGACAAGGCUGAUUUCCUCGCGAGCGCUCCCCGGGUGGCUUUUGACGCGUCUUCGAUCCUCGCCGAUCGAGCCGACAUCGAGCGGCGAACGAUGGAAGCGUUGGAGCGAGAACGGGCGGAUGCCGAACGCGCCACCGCCAAACGAACGGAGGCGCUGGAGCGUAAGAGGGCGGACCUGAGGCGCGUGGAGGAAGCGGUCCGCGCGUCCGUCGAGCGGCGACGCGAGGAGGAACGAAAGUAUUAUAACGCGAUGCGGGCGAGGACCGAGGCGAGGACCGAGGAGGAAAUCGCGGUCGCGGAGAAGGAGCUGAAGGCGGAGGAGGCGCGGGUGCGCGCGACGAACGAGGCGCGCGAGGCGUCGUUCGAGGGCACCCGCGGGGGGGGCACGCGGGACACGGACGUCGCGGCGCGGGGCGGACGGACGGUCGAUUCGUCCGCGCCCGGAAUCGAACCCGCGACGUCGGCGAUCGACCCGGCGCCCUCUUCGCCGGUGGGACACCACGCGCGACCGGUCUCGGCGCCCCCCCGCGGUGUUACGACCCCCGCGCACGUCGCCGCUCACCCGACGCCGUCAGUGCGGGGUUCAAUUGACCGGACAUCGUCGUCGUCAGUAACGGUCAGUAACGGUCAUACCGAACGGGCCGCGCGUCGAGCCGCGUUUGCAGACGCGGAGGCGGACGAGAGAGCGUCGUACGAGGCGGCGGCGGCUGAGCUGGCGAGACAAAAAAUCGCUCGAGCCCGGCUGCAGCGAGACGCCGACGCCCUCGUUCGCCAGGAGCGACGCGUCGCGGAGAAGCAGCGCAGGGCGGACGGCGUGGCGAGGCGUAAGGAGUGGAACGCGAAGGCGGAGUCGGCGGACCGCGAGGCUUGCAGAGUUCGCGUCCAGAUGCGCCUCGACGCGGCGAGGAAAAAAAAAGAAGCCAUCGACGAGGAACACGCGUCGGCGCUCGCCAUGCGCGGCGCGGAGCGGGAGGAACGGCGCGAGGUGGCGGCGUUGCAACGCGCGAGGGCUCGGGCGGCGGACGCGGAGUGGCGCGCGUCCAUCGCGCGGGAGAGACACGUCAAGAUUUGCGCCACAUCCGAAAAGUUGGAUCGGAGGUUGAGGCUCGAGAGCGCUCGCGUCGCCGCGGAGCUGGCGCGGGACGAGGAGGCGUUCCUCGCCAAAAUCGCGAGCCGAGCCGAGCGCAUCGGGGUUGAGGCGGACGGCGUCAUGGCCCGCGCGUUCGACGUGGAGGCGAGGGCGGAGGAGGAGGCGUAUAGGCGCGAGGCAUCGGCGGGGCGGAUGCAUUUCGAACACUCCGGAGCGUUUGCGACGAGCCUCGGUGACGACGGCCGAGUCGUGUCGUCGCCGGUGGGAGCCAAGAAGGUUUACGACGCUUCCCUGGAUGGGAGUACGCACGGCUUGGACGUGUUCGUCGCGACUCCCGGCGUCGUUCGCGGCCCCGGCGCGCUGUUCUCGUACGAGCCGGGGUCGUCGGAGACUGGCGAAUAG